GUGGGAGGACGUAAACGAAAGGAGUUUGGGAGCUGAUUUGCAGAGGAGAUCCUUUCCAGCUCGCGGCAGCAUGAAAACCCAUGGGUGUGCUUCGAGACAACACCUGCGCAAACGUGGAGCCUUAUCUCACGCGUUGAAUUCUGCAGAAAAGAUGCAGAAAAAGGACACAAGCAGACUGGCUUAGCAAGUACCUCCAUGCAGGUGGAGAAGCACAUCUUGGGACACGACCACAGCAGCACCAGCUUCACCUUAAGUGAAAGGCUGAGGAACAAGGCAAGGGGUCAGGGUGCAUUCAGCACAUGCAAGCUGUUGGUCCCUCUGUGUUUCUCCCCAAGUCUCAACUCUACCCAUGGAGCACUCAAAGGAAAGGCGUUUCUAUCCCCUGGGAACAAAAAGACUACCAAAAAUGUCCUCUUUGUCAACCUGUUCCUGGGACUGGCCUUCCUGUUGGGAUUCUUCCACGCAAAUAGCAGGAACUACCUAUUCCAGAGGAGCUCUGCAGAGCUGCUGGUGUCCCCCACGCCCUGCCAAGCCAAGACCAACGUCAUGUUCCUCAAGACCCACAAGACCGCCAGCAGCACCAUCCUCAACAUCCUGUUCCGCUUCACCGAGAGGUACGAACUCACCGCCGCCCUCCCCGCUGAUCAGCUCUUCCACCUGGGUUACCCGGAGAGAUUCGUUGCCAAUUUUGUGGAGGAUUUUCAAUCCCAAGGGCAAAAUUACAACAUCAUGUGCAACCACCUGCGCUUCAACCCCUCUGAGGUGCACAAGGUGAUGGCAAAGAACACCUUCUACUUCUCCAUCCUGAGGAACCCCAUUGCUCUGCUGGAAUCUUCCUAUGUCUACUACAAGAACGUGGCCCCCGCCUUCAGUAAAUCCAAGGACGUGAAUGAAUACCUGGAGUCACCCCUGAAAUAUUACCAUAAGGAGGAUUACAGGAAAAACAUCUACGCCAAGAAUAACAUGUGGUUUGACUUUGGCUAUGAUAACAAUGCAGAGGACAAUGAAAACUAUAUCCAGUCUGUCUUGGAUGAGACCGAAGAGAACUUCCACCUGAUCUUGAUAGCAGACUACUUUGACGAGUCCAUGAUCCUCCUGAAACACACUUUGUGCUGGGAUUUAGACGAUGUGAUUUACUUCAAGCUCAAUUCCAGAAGCAAUGAGACUGUCCAGGCCCUGACCCCAGAAAGCAAGGAGAGGGUAAAAAAGUGGUGCUCACUGGACUGGAAGCUCUACCUGCACUUCAACCAGAGCUUCUGGAGGAGGAUUCAGGAGACCAUAGGACUUGAGGAGCUGGAGAAGGAGGUAAAUGGCCUGCGAAUGAGACAGAAGGAACUCAUGGAGACCUGUCUCUUGGACCAGGAGGCUGUGGUGAAGGCUCACAUCAAGGACAAGGCUCUCUUGCCUUUCCAGUCAGGGUCGGCAAAUAUCCUCGGUUAUAACCUCAAACAAGACUUAGACAAUGAGACUCUGAACAAAUGCCAGAAAAUGGUUAUGCCAGAGCUCCAGUACACGUCCUACCUCUACUCCCUCCAGUACCCGCACAAGAAGGGGAAGCCCAUGAAAUUUCCCAAGCUGUGGAGCAGUUCCCAGAAGACGUAGUCCCCCACACUGCAGCCAGAGCAUCCCACUGCUGCAGCCCUUUGCAUCGGCCGAGUUUGGCGAUGAGACUCUUGCACAGGAUGGGGAGGCUGGGGGUCAUUUGAGGGCUACUUCUAUACUCUGUCACUCACUCUGUGAAAAAAAAAAGUCAUAUUUUAUUUCUUUA